AUGUGGCAAUUACUUGAGCAGCGCACUGAUGGGCUGGAAAUUGCCUUUGAGCGCUGCAAAAACUGGUCUAAAUAUGCUUCUCAAUUGCUUUCCUUUGCACGUGCCAGACUUUCAUUAGAACAAGAAUAUAGCCAAAGAUUACUUAAAAUGUCAGACCAACAAUUAGGCCCUCUAACAAAUCAACAAAUAGAAAAUCAAUUUUCAUCAUUAGAUCAAAAAAUGCCUUUAUCUCUUUUAUUUGGACAAUUAAUGGAGAAUACUAAACAAUUUGCAAGUAGGGCUGAUUCUACUGUACAACAAUUACAACAAAGAUUUAUUGAGAGCUUAGAAAGUCGUCAAAAAGAACACAAUAUAAGAAGAAGAAAGCUUAAAGUUGAAUAUGCAAAACAACGAAAGCAAAUGGAGACAUGUGUCGAAGAACUUCGAAGAGCUCGACAAACACAUACAAAUAAAGGAGAACAAUAUUUACGUGCUCGGGAAGUAACAAUUCGUCAAGAACGUGAAUGCCAUCAAAUACUGCCAAUAAAUACACAAAAACAACAAAAUUUAUUAAUUCGGAAUAGUGAAGGAAAUAGCAGUUUAGGACAACAACAAAUAUUUCAAAAAAGGCGUAAAGAAGUAGAAAAACGUAGAAAAGUUGAAGAAGAAGCUUUAAAUAGAAAGGAGGAUGCUGAACAAGAAGUUUGUAGAUUAGAGAGGGAAUUGGAUGGAUAUAGAGCUAAAUUGAAUGAAUUGAGGUGUCGAACAAUUCAUGAACUUUCUGAUUUAAUUCGUCAGUGUGAAUUAACAACAAUUGCUUGUACUGCUACACUUCUUAAAGGAAUUGCCAACCUUUGGGCGCCUGUUCCUCAAGAACUGGAAAGACUCGCUGAUGUGGCAAGGACCAGCCAACCGGGUCAAGAAUUUAUGUCCUUCCUUCAACAACAACAAUCUAAUUCUUUACUUACUUCAAAUGUGUCAACAACAUCAAAUGGGCAAUGUAAAAUGAUUGACUCUUCUAAUUGUUCAAAUAUUCCUUUUUGCUCCUCUGAUUCCGGCUCUUCUCCCCAUCAACGUCCAACAACCCUUUUAGCUACACAAAAAGGAAGUAGUACAACAACAAGUAUUGCUUCAGCUUGCUCAUCUUCAAUUCCUUCUCCAAAUAGAGCUGUUCAACGAAGAAAUGCUUUGGCAGCAGCCGAAGAACAUUUACUUGUUACGGAGGCCCAACAAAAGCGUAGAACAGCUAGUAAAACUUCAAUGGCUAAACUUUUUGAUAUUCAAUCAUCCUCUUCUUCCUCUCCAUCAGCAGCAGUUAACAAUAUUUUAGCUUCUUCCUCUUCUUCUGGUGGAAAACAAAAUUUUUCUAAUUUAUAUUCAGAAGCAGCACGUACUCAUAAAUUACAAAGAACUAGACAAGUAGCUAAAUGUGCACAGUGUGAACAUUUAUUACUUUUUGAUGCUUUAAAAUGUCAAUGUUGUGCCUUAGUUUGGCAUCGUAAAUGUUUACCAAAUGUCCAAAUUCGUUGUGGCCCAAAUAUGAGAAAAUUUGAUGAACAAAAUGACGGGAAAGAUUUAAAUUUGAGAAGAACAAGUAUUUUUGGAGUCCCUCUAAAUAUACAUUUGGGUGAACAGAAGAGACAAAUUCCAUUAAUUUUAGAAAAAUGUUUGGAUGAAUUACAAAGGAGAGGGAUGUGUUGUAAGGGUUUAUAUCGUACAUGUGGUGUUAAAAGUAAAGUUGAAGAAAUUUGUGUUCAAUUUGAACAAAGCACAAACGAUUCGCCUGUUGAUUUAAGUAAUGUACAUCCUAUGAAUAUUGCUUCCGUAGUUAAACUUUAUUUACGUCGAUUACCAGAACCAUUACUUUCAUAUGAAUUAUAUACGGAAUGGUUAAGUGUUGAAAUAUAUUUAAAAGAGGGAGGAAAUGAAGAAGAAAAUAAUUUAAUAAAAAAUAAAUUAGAAGAUAAGGAAGAUGAAGAAAAUUAUUUAAAAUUAAUUAAUUUAUUAAAACAACUUGUUAAAAAAUUACCAAUUCCAAAUAUGCAAACACUCCGAUUUCUGGCAUUACAUUUAAAUAGAGUUACUUGGUUUGAAUUACAAAAUUUAAUGACUGCAUCAAAUUUAGCAGCAGUUAUUGCCCCUUCACUUCUUUGGCAACGUUUACCUCUCCCUAAUGCUGUUGUUGGAAGAGGAGGAAUUAAUUCUAAUAAUCUUUCUCAACCAACAAAUAAUAAUCAACAACAACAAUUUAUUAGCGAUGCCCAUCGUCAAAGCCGUGCAGUAGAAUUAAUUAUUAAAUACGCCUUUGAAAUAUUUGAUGAAGACCGCCGUUUAGAUUGGUGUAGAUUCUUUGCCGAUUAUCCAGGUGUAGCACAACCACAAAGAAGGCAUUCAUUAGCAGCUACGGCUGGGGCUUCUGAUUCUUCUUUGCCUCCACAAUCUGUCAGAAUGGGAAUUAAUAAUUCAAAUAGUGUUUAUCAUUCAACAUUGGAAUCAACAAUAUCUACAAAUAAUGAAGAUGAACAAAUUGAAGGUGAGGAAGAAGAAGAAGGGGAAGAAGAUGAUGAUGAUGAACUUUUAUUGGAUAAUGAAAUGGAAUUAUUAGUUAAUUGUCCAAAUGAUUUAAAUAAACAAAAAAUUAUUUUUGGAAGAAGAAAAUCUUUGGGAACAACAAAUUCAACUAAUAAUAUAAAUGAAAAACAAAAAUUGAAUAGAUUGAAAACAUUGGGGACAGUAAUGGGGAAAAGUUUACCACUAGAAGAUCCACCACCAACUAACCAACAACAACAAUUUUUUAUUCAAAAUAACAAUUUAAAAUAUCAAUUUCAAUCCCCUUCUACAGCGCCAUCUCAAAGACGUUUAAAUUUCCAAGCACACAAACAACGCUCAUUUACUACCUCAAUUUUAGUUUCCCCACUUUCUAUCAGACGAAAUGAAAAUAAUAUUAAUAAUAAUAAUAAUUAUUAUUUAAAAAUGAAUAGUGAAAAUAUGGAAAAAAUGGAUUUGAAAAUAAAAAAGUAUUUUUAA